UCGCACGGUGACGCGCGGCGCGCAGUGCAUGACGGUCUUCGCGUCCCGCCGGCCCUGCCGCUCCCGCCCGUGCCGCUGCCACCCCGCUGGUUUUUAUUUCGUCAACUACUGCGGGGAGGCCCUCGGAGCCCCCGAGGGGCCUCCACCGUCAUUCUCAUUACUCUUCAUUGGCAAUGCUGCUGCUGCUACUGCUGCCGUGAUUGGAGUGUAACGCCUUCAUCGCUCGAGCUGGGCCGCGUUCCCACCGUGCUGAGCAACCACAACCACCACAACCACCACCAUCAUCACAACAACCACCACCAUCAUCAUCACCUCGUCAGGGAGAGGAGGAGGGAGGCCCUGGGAGACCCCAUGCGGGCGUGAGAGAGCGGUGCCCGCGUGACACUUCACCGGCGCCCAGCCCAGGGGUGGGGGGGUUGGGGGGGGGACGAUGUCCCGCGGGUCGCCCUGGCAGAAGCGGGGGGGAGCUCUCUCCCUGGAGCCGGACGCCCCCAAAACCCGGCCGGGAGGGAUCGUGGCAGAGAGAGCGCUCAGCGACUACCUCCACCUCGUGUUCCCCGUGCUCGACAAGACUAGCGCCACGUCCAGGAAAACCCUGAGCUUUCAGAAUGUGGAGCACCACCUCGACCUGCUGCUGGCACCUGGGGCUGAGGAGCCGGAGCGCGGAGCCGAGGCGGAGGGGCGCCUGGGGCCGGACAACAUCGUCCUGGACCACACCAGCGGGUUCGAGGGCCUCCUCCUCGUUGAUGAAGACCUCCUCGGGGUGAUCGGGCACAGCAACUUCAGCACCAUCCGCGCCACCACCUGCGUCCACACAGGCAAGUGGAUGUACGAGGUGCUGCUCUCCUCCAAGGGGCUCAUGCAGAUCGGCUGGUGCACCCUCGACUGCCGCUUCAACCAGGAGGAGGGCGUGGGCGACACCCCCAACUCGUACGCUUACGACGGCAACCGCGUGCGCAAGUGGAACGUCACCACCACCAACUACGGCAAGCCGUGGGCGGCGGGCGACGUGGUCACGUGCCUCAUCGACCUGGACGACGCCUCCAUCUCCUUCUGCCUAAAUGGGCUGUCCAUGGGCGUCGCGUUCCCGGAUGUGCGGCUGGGCCCGGGCUUCGCCUACUUCCCCGCCAUCAGCCUCUCCUUCCGCGAGAACGUCUCCUUCAACUUUGGCAGCCGCCCGCUGAGGUACCCCGUCGAGGGUUACCGGCCCCUGCAGGACCCCCCGACCACCGACCUCAUGCAGGCCCAGAGGCUCAUGGGAUACUUCCAGGUCGCCAUGGAGACGUGGAUCGACCCCAGGGACGGGAGGGUGGUGUCGCGCGAGGACUCGCGGAGUCUGUCGCGAGGAGACGCCGCCACCACCUUCCUCCUCACCGCCGUGCACAUCUUCCACAAGCUCGCACCGCUGCUGGCCAAGGCCUACGUGGUGGACGAGGUGCUCCUCAAGUUCCUGCUCAGCCUGCAGACGCGGGCCUCGGGCUCCGUCGCCACGGAGACGCCGGCCAUCUUGCACACGCUGGACCUGCUGUGGGCCCUGCUGGAGGAGUUUGAGGUGCACAGCUGCCUGAAGCAGCUGAUGAUGACGCUGCUGCGAGCCUUCCGCUUCUCCCCCGUGACGCCCGACAUGACGCCCCAGAUCCAGCACCUGCGCCUCGUCCUCGCCAUCCUCAAGCACGAGAAGUCACGGAAAUUCCUCCUCGGCAACGUCCUGUUCGACGUGAUGCGCUUCGUGGUGUUCUGCAACGUGAAGACGCCGCUGCGCGUGGAGGAGGCCGGCCUCGACGAGACCAUCCCCAUCACCUGGUGGCCCACCAACCUCCAGCAGCAGCAGCAGGGCAGGGAGGAGGCGGAGGAGAGCGCCGAGGAGCGGCACAAGCGGCGAUCGUACGAGCGCGGCUGCCAGCGCCUCAAGAAGAGAAUCGAAGUGGUUGAGGACCUGCAGGUGGCCAUCCUCAAGCUGCUGCUCAACAACAAGGACAAGAACUCGCAGGGGGAAGCCUCGCGCUACAUCUUCCUGUCCAAGUUGAGGAAGUUCCUGCAGGAGAACGCCUCCAACAGGAACCCCACCAUGUUGUGCCCCCCCGAGUACAUGCUGUGCUUCAUGCACCGCCUCAUCACCGCGCUGCGGAGCUGUUGGGACGGGCACCGGCAGCGCAGCGCCCAUGCGCAGCCCAGCGAGGAAGCGUACGUGCCCCCGCAGCUCUUCUACAACGGCAAGGUGGACUACUUCGACCUGCAGCGGCUCGGCGGCCUCAUCACCCACCUCAAGAAGACGCUCAAAGACGACCUGGCGGCGGUCGGCGUGACGGUGGAGGCCGCCGAGCUGAGCCCGGUCUCCAUGGACGACCUGGAUGACGUGGAGGAGGCCGGCCUAGGCCUGCCGGUAACGAGGCGCGCGGGCAUCGGCGGCAUCGGCGCCAACGGCGCAGCGGCGCAGACCGCUCGCCUCGGCAUGUCGAUGUUCCGCGGAGGGCUGCUGCCGAAACCCCAUCGGCGGGGCGGCCGCCCCAUUCUGAACGCAGCCUCGGCGGCCCUGGCGGCAAGGCGAGCCCCGGGCUUCGCGAGGCCCCGCCAGGCCACGACGGAGAUGGAGCAGCGCACGGAGGAGGAGGUCGAGACGGGCGUUCUGCACGGACGCCCGAUCACGGAGGCCGAGGACCCGCCCGGCGACCACUCGCUCAUCGAGAUCCUCGACGGCAUCGUGAUGAUGUACAGCAUGAGCGUGCACCAGCAGCUGGGCAAGAUGGUGGGCGUGUCGGACGACGUGCGGGAGUUUGCCGUGGCGCUGAGGGAGACGGAGGAGAAGAUCGCGCGGUGCCCACCGCAGCGGCGCGACGUUCUGGAGGAGCUCCAGCGCAGCCGGGACGUGUUCCUGGACAAGCUGAACCAGCUGAGCCGGCGCCUGGCGUGGAUCAACACGACCAUCUACUCGCAGGAGCGGCUGCGUGACGUGUACUGGCUGCUGCGCGUGUGCCUGCGCACGGUGGAGCGUGCCGACCUCACGGGCCCGCUGCUCGGCUUCCUGCCCGAGUUCUACGUGAGCGCCGCCAUGGGCUGUUACAGCGCCAUCAAGAACUACUUCAGCCCCGUCAGCUGCCCCGAUGAGCUGCCCGGGUACCAGCAGACCCUCACCCAGCUCGCCACCAUCCUCACCAAGCACUUUGUGGACUCCAGGAUCAUCGGCACCGACAUCAAGGACUCGCUGAUGCAGGCGCUCGCCAGCUUCGUCUGCUACCCCGACUCGCUGAAGGCCGUGGAGCGAACCCCCGCCGACAUACGCGUGUCCAUGAUGCGCAGCCUCCUGGCGCCAUACGAGCAGCGGCCCUGGGCUCAGACCAACUGGAUCCUCGUCCGACUGUGGAAGGGCUGUGGGUUUGGGUACCGCUACACCCGGCUGCCUCACCUGCUGCGCAUCAAACCUGAGGACCUCAACAACCCCACGCUGCAGAAGCCGUGCCCGUCACGUGCCCUGCAGGCCCACGCGGCGACGCUGCUCAGGACGGAGGCGGCGCUGGCGGCCGGCUUCAUCAACAGCGUCCUCAACCAGCUCAACUGGGCCUUCUCAGAGUUCAUCGGCAUGAUCCAGGAGAUCCAGCAGACGGCGGAGCGUCCGGAGCGCAACUACAUCGACAGCCGGCAGCUGAAGGUGUGCGCGACGUGCUUCGACCUGUCCGUGUCGCUGCUGCGCGUGCUCGAGAUGGCCACGAGCCUGGCGCCAGAGGCCUUCACCGACUUCAGCCGGCCCUCGGCCGAGCUGCUGCUCACACGGCUGGCGCAGCUCAUCAACCAGGUGCUGAAUCGCGUGACGUCCGAGAGGAAUCUAUUCGACCGAGUCGUCAACCUCCGUCUGCCAGGGCUGGACACGGUGGAUCACUACCCCAUCCUCGUGUCCCUCACCGGAAUCCUCGUGCAGCUCCUGGUGGAUGGAACCACCCAGAGUGCGGAGAGAGCGUCGCGGGCCCUGCUGGCCGACCCCUGCUUCCAGCUGCGCUGCGUGCAGUACCUGCUGGGGGAGACGCACGAGCGGGAGCAGCCGCGGGGGGCAGCCACGCCCGACAAGCGCUUCUCCCUGCGCAGCUACGUGGACUUCGUUAGCGCCGAGGAGGUGGAGAAGGUGACGAAGAUGAUCGCUCGGCUCAGCGACGAGACCAAGCAAGCUGCCGCCGCUGCCAUGCCCACGGACGAGGAGGACCUGUGCCCCAUCUGCUACGCUCACCCCAUCUCCGCCCUCUUCCAGCCGUGCACCCACAAGUCCUGCAUGGCGUGCAUCCGCCAGCACCUGAUGAACAACAAGGAGUGCUUCUUCUGCAAGACCCCCGUCACGGCCGUGGAGGCCUACACCAAGACCCCCGCCUCCACGCCCACCGGCCUCUAGCCCUCGCUCACCUGCUGAUAACCCUCGCUCACCACGCUCACCUGCUGAUAACCCUCGCUCACCACGCUCGCUCACCACGCUCACCUGCUGAUAACCCUCGCUCACCACGCUCGCUCA